AUGACGUUCAUCAAGCGAUUCUUGCAAAUCACCGACAGGGGUAUAAGACUGAAUGACAAGCACAUCUCCUGGCCAAUUAUCAGAGACGCCGAUCUAGAAGGACUCCACCCAUCAACAACGCAGAAGACAUGGGCAACAACCGACGUUCCGGUUGAUUCUAAGCCACUUGAUGCCCGGUUUGAUGAGCAGUCGCAGACGCUUAGUGUUAAUUGGCACGACACCCCAGGUCUACCGAAGAGCAGUCAGUACAAUCUGAAGACACUUUCAGAAGCCUUCAGCAGCAGACCUUGGCAGACAUUUCCACCCCAUAUCCCAGCUGCCAAGCCGUGGAGUGUAAAGGAGUUCACCAACAACAGCCAGCACUUUGACGUUGCAGAACUGUAUGAGUCACCUUCUAUGCUUCUCAAAGCACUUACACAGCUGCACGAGCGUGGUCUCAUCUUCAUAAACAACGUGCCGACAGAAGAUACCACAGAUGCAGGCUGUGGACUGAGACGAAUGGCCGAGAGCUUAUUCGGUGAACUGAGAAAUACCUUCUAUGGACAGACGUGGGACGUGAGAGCAUUAGGCGGUCAGAGCCGAAACGUCGCUUAUACGGGACUCGAUUUGAAAUACCACAUGGACUUACUGUACUUUGAAAGUCCACCGCGCUUCCAAUUCUUGCAUUCACUUAAGGCACUAACGAAGGAGAAGUCACCGCAAGGACACUCAUUGUUUCUGGACUCAUACAAAGCAGCUGAGGAGCUUUCGCAUCAAUCACAGCAACUCCUUAGAUCAGUUCCGAUAGUGUACGAAUACGACAAUGAUAAUCACCAUUACAUACACUCACAUCCUGUUCUUCAAGAGUUUGGAAGUAAUCUGCAGUCAGUGAAUUACUCACCACCAUUCCAGUCACCACAUCAACCGUUUAUUGCGGAGUUAGAACCAGAGACACAGGUGAAAUACUUGAACGCUCUCAGGGAGUGGAACAACUUAUUGGAUCGCCAGGACCUAAAUCUUGAGACGCGUUUGAGCGAGGGAGAUUGUGUUGUAUUCGAUAACAGACGAGUGUUGCAUGCUCGUAGAGCAUUCGAUGAGCAAGGCGGUCAGGAUGAGAUUGUUAGGUGGCUCAAAGGAACAUAUGUAGAUGGAGAUGCUAUCUGGGAUCGCUGGAGAGUCGUGAAAGAGAGUCAAUAA